ACUAACCAUGCUGGGAUUAAGGAUAUACCUGACUCUAAUGCUGCUAAACCAGGCCCCUUUAAAAUGUCCUACGAGGCAAGUUUCGCGUCCCUCCGUGUGGGACUUUCGCAUUCGUUUAUUGGGCCGAGAGCACCGAGUCAAUGGCACAGUCACAAUCAAGGAAGAUUUAGACAACGUUCACCAUACUGUGGGCAUUGAGACCUACAACGAUGCCUCUGGCAGUGGUCACUUCAAGCAAAUGCCUUUCUUUGUGCCCCAGCAGUCUGUUUGCAAGGCCGUCGCCGGCUUCUGGUUUUAUGUAAAAGCGAGCAUUCCAUAUGGCGAAAAAACGGAUAUGCCCUUCGAGAGUCACCCUUGUCCCAUACCGAAGGGCCAAUACUAUGUAAAGGAUGUUACAAUUAAGCCGGAGCUUUGGCCAAUUGCUAUGCCGCGCGGUUAUUUUAAGUAUGUCUUAACCUUCAAAAAGGAUGCGGAAGUGGUCAGUCGUCAGGAAGUGGUUAUUUAUGUGGUAGAUCGUAGGAUUUAG